UCCCUGCCAAACGCGCCUUACAUCAUGUUUGUUGGCUAACCCCACACUCGCUCUAUAGGCCGUGUUUGCUUGCCUUUUCUUUAACGCAUUAUACAAAGGAAAAAAAUAACUAAAUUCUCGUCAUGCCAAACAGGACCCUGGGUUUCGUCUACAAGCCCAUCGCUGACCCCAUUCCCACAACCAAAGUGGCAGUCUUCCUCUGCGGACAAACUACCAUACAAACAUCCCAACGAAAAUCCAUUGAUCGUGCGGUCGAUUCGCCGGCCGAUCGCUAUCGCAGGUAGUAAUUAUGGUUGUUAACUGAGAAACAGAGAGAGAGAAAUGGAUAUGGAGUUUCAUUUCUUAAGAUGAACAAGGUUCUAUAUUUCAUUCAUCUUUGAUGGAUGUCCGGAGUGGCACCGAGUUAAGUGGUCCUCCAGGGAUGCUCCCUCCUCCGCCUGGAACUUUUGUAGAUCGAGAAGAACUUAUCCAACAUGUUGGUGAGUUUGCUGUAUCUCAGGGAUAUGUUGUAACUAUUAAACAAUCUAAGAGGGAUAAAGUUGUGAUCCUUGGCUGUGAUAGAGGGGGUGUUUAUCGAAACAGGCGGAAACCUGUUGAGGAGUCCUCUAGUGAACCAAUUCGCCGAAGAAAAUCAGGAUCCCGGCUUACUAAUUGCCCAUUUGAACUUGUGGGUAAGAAGGAUGAUGGGUUAUGGGUACUCACCAUUAAAAAUGGAACUCACAAUCAUGAACCAUUAAAAAACCUUUCAGAACAUCCUUCUGCUCGUCGCUUCACAGAGAAAGAAGUUCUGUUAAUUAAAGAGAUGACAGAAGCUGGACUGAAACCUCGCCAAAUUCUAAAAAGGUUGAGACAAAGCAAUCCAGAGCUCUUGUCCACUCCAAAGCAUGUUUACAACGUUAAAGCCAAGCUUCGGCAAGGAAAUAUGGCAGUGAGGACAUUCAAGUCACUUAGACCUGAGAAAUCUGCUGUGAGGAACAAUUAUGUCUCAGUUAUGGAGUCUUCUUGGAGGCAGCGCUACCCUCUGAGGGUCCCCAAUCUCGUAGGAGGUAGAUUUGUUGAAUCACAGUCUUUUGCAUCAAUAGAUGUUAUAAAUCCUGCUACCCAACAAGUGAUUUCUCAGGUUCCUUUGACUACCAUUGAGGAGUUCAGAGCUGCGGUCUUUGCAGCAAAACGGGCUUUUCCUACUUGGCGAAACACUCCAAUUACCACCCGUCAGCGAAUCAUGUUCAAGUUUCAAGAGCUUAUUCGGAGAGACCUUGAUAAGCUUGCUAUGAACAUUACUGAUGAGCAUGGAAAAUCAUUGAAGGAUGCAUAUGAGGAUGUGUUACAUGGAUUAGAGGUGGUGGAACAUGCUUGUGGUUUAGCAACCUUGCAAACUGGAGAGUUCGUGACGAAUGUGUCUAAUGGAGUUGAUUCCUAUAGCAUUAGAGAGCCACUUGGUGUUUGUGCUGGAAUCUGCCCCUUUGACUUUCCAGCUAUGAUUCCAUUAUGUAUGUAUCCUAUUGCAGUCACAUGCGGCAACACUUUUAUCCUAAAGCCGUCAGAGAAGAAUCCAGGUGAUAUUUUCUGUCCUAGUAACAUCAAUAAAUCGAGUUACCAUUUGGUGCAAUGGGUAUGAUUAAGGUAGCAGAAAGUCCUUUUGGCUUACAUGAAAUACUUAGAAACUUUACUGCAUGUUACCUGUUUGCUAAUGUGGACUUCGUUUCUAAGCUCAUUAAAGUUUGCUCAUGCUGGUCUCACCUUCUCGUAUAUUUUGUUGAAGUUUCAAUAUCAGUUAUUGUGAUGUCAUCAGCUGUUUACAUAAGAAAUGCAUAAUAUUAGUAUGGAAAAAGUUCAUAAUACUGGGAAUUCGUAUAUAGGCAAAAUGAAAAUGUAAAAUUCCUCAAUGAAGAAUCUUUUGAUGGUUUUUCUUACCACUGACCAAUUUGAGGGAAAAUAUAGUUGAAAGUCCUUGUCUCUAGUUUUCUUAUUGUUGUUUGAGAAAUGAUUUUUUGGAUGAAAAUUUACAUAAUUGUACUGUAAUUUUUUUUUUCAGAUAACAUAAUUGUAUUGUAAUUAAAAUUCAGAAUACUGACGAUGCUUAAAAUAAGUUGGAGGUUUAAUUAUAUGGGUUUUCUAGAUAUUUCUUUUAUUAGAAAAAAAAAAGCUUUAUUAAGAUAGGAGAAAAGUACAAAGAGGAGAAUAAGAUAUUAUCCUAAAAAUUGCAAACAAAAGAAAGAAAAAUCCUUUAAAGAACAUAAAUGAACAAAUUUGUAUGGGCUAUUAAUGAACAAAGAUGAUAGUCUCAUAAGUGGAGAUUGGAAAUAGCUAUCUCAGAGAAAUAACUGUGUGUCUUGAUCCAUUAAGUUUCCAAAAAGAUUUUGUCCCAUAUCUCAUGGAAAGUUUAGUUUUUUAUAUAUUAGUAACUAUAUAUCCUUCCAAUUUAGCUUAAGUAAUUAUAUCUUAUGAUUUUUUUACUAUUUGUCAUAUUGGUGAGUCUACAAUGUUAGAAUUUUAUGUAGGAUUUAGGAGUUCUUUUUAGGAUUCAAGUCCUAUGGAUUGACGUUAACUCUGAAUACUUUGUAAUCUUUUUGUAAUGGAAACAACUAUAACCAGAUCAAUUUUUUUAACAGUUUGCUCCGUGUGAUUAUAUGAAGCA